UUCUGCGGGUCCAACCCGGUACUAGUAAGGUGUACCUAAUAAAGUUGCCGGUGAGUGUAAAAAAUAAAAAGAUUUGCACAAUCUCUAAAUUGUAUUAUUACAUUGUUCACAGUUGUGCAUUGGGUUUGAACCCUCCUUCUGUUAAGGGACUUUUUACAUUGUCUAGGUAUACGCUUGUUCCAGAGCGGUACAGUAAUCUGGCAGGUGGGAGCGGGAUAGACGGGUGUCACAGGGGACAUGGAAACUACUAUGAGGGUGUUACAGCUUGUCUCUCAGUGGCUUUUCCGUCUGAAAGAACAGCCUGGACUCUCUCAUAUCUCUGCCUCACAUAAUAGCCAGCAGGCAGGAGGGUGUUUUUGUUCUAAAGGAGAAAGGCUUCAGGAUGUUGCUGCUCAAAAGCAGUAGAAGUGGCUUCCUGCUGGGGGAAAUGAUCAAAAAGCCAGACAAGCCCCUGGUUGGACACAGCAGAACUUUCCUCUCUAAUGCACACACAGGUUUGUGCGCAUUUAGGAGAGCUGGACGUGCAAAAGACGCUCUCCAGACCAAGGGGAGGUGUCUUAACCAUUGUCAGAGGUGACUGGAGAAAAUGUAGAGGAUUAUUUGAUGAAACAUUUGAAGAUUUUGAAAUUCAAAUGUCAUGGAUCAGUCACAUCCAUAAAAACCAUGCUGCUGAACUUGACCAAUGGGAGCUGCCAAAUCCCCCUGGCAAACGACCGAGUAGGACUGACCUACAUCUACAGCCUGGCCUUCUCCAUCGGCCUCCCAGCCAACCUGCUGUCCCUCUGGGGUCUGUACCAGCUGGGUCGGUCAGGCGGAGGAGGCUGCCAGCUGGUUUAUAUCCUCAACCUACUGCUUUCAGACCUGCUCCAGCUCCUCACCUUGCCACUGUGGAUCCUCUACCUGCAAGGCGACCACCACUGGCCUUACGGGUCCGUGACCUGCCAGCUUGUGGGCUACGUGUUUUACGUUAAUCUCUAUGCCAGCGUCAUUUUUCUUUGUCUCAUCGCUCUGGACCGCUGUCUAGCGAUCGUCUAUCCUUUGAGUAGUCGCGGUGUACGGAAAGUACGCGUGGCAGCAUUUUCCGGAGUGGUCGUGUGGACUUUGAUAUUUCUCUUCUGUCUGACUGGCCUGUACCCGUCUGUGUUCGAGCCGCAGAGAGAGCUGUGUUUGGAGCAGUAUCCUGUGAGCUCCAGAUACGCUUACUUUAAAAUCGCAACAGUCGCUUUAGGGUUUCUGAUGCCCUGCUCUAUACUAGGGUACACCUCAGCCCGAAUUGGGCGGACUCUCCGAAACUCCCCGUCUGUGGCGGAUCACGAACGUCGCAGGAUUGUCGCCACCUUGGUUGUCAUCACCGUCAUCUUCAUUGUCAUUUUCGGCCCCUAUCAUCUAGUGGUUGGCUAUAGAUUUGUCACCCUGCUGUUAACGGAAAGUGGUAAAGAGCAGUGUUCGGUGGAAGUUUCCCUCUACCUGUACUAUCGGAUCUGCUACGGGCUCACCAGCCUCAACACCCUCCUAGACCCUCUUUUCUACAUUUUCCUUUGCAAUGAUGCACGACAGGAGCUUCGCAGGUCUCUUCUUUGCCCUUGUAGAGGUCACAGGGUCCACCGGAGUUCUCGAGUACAAACUUAUCCCAAAGGCCGUCUCAGCCUCAGCGCAGAUGUUUAGCGGCCUCAUGCUGAUGAUAAUCACUGUUGGAGUUGGAGACAUGAGCAGAAGGGCAGCUUUUUUUUCACUCAUGACGUGAAACUGUCUUAUCAGACUGAGAUUUGACAAAUUACUUGUCACCACUGGGACACGUCAGUGAUGUCAUAAAGACUUGGCUGGUAUGAGGCACGUCCUCUAUAGCAGAGCUGUCACUAAAGCACACGUGUCAGAUCUCCUCCUCCUGCACCUACAGUCCGAGGUUUCAACAGCCUGAGGAGAGUCCACAGGGUUUCUGCACAUCUUUAACAGGCUGUAAACCAAAAUGCGUAAAUCACAAUGUAUACGUGUCAACAGGUGCAUGCACUGCCAAAAAAAAAGAGAAUUAGAGUUUAGCCUUGGACAAAAUGUACACUACUGGUCAUAAGUUUGGGGUCACUAGGAUUUUUAAAUGUUUUAAAAUAAGCUUAUGCUCACCAAGGCUGC